CUGUGGAACCCCGGUCGGGGUCCUAUUCUAAGUUGUGAUUUCCAUGGAUGUCACUCCGAGUCGACAGCAGGUACAGGACAUUGUCGCUCAAUUCGAGGGUGACAAUGCUGUGAUCGAACAGUUUCACGAGAUCUGCAACCAGCGAUUUAGUUACACAUCGUCUAUCAAGUUUUACACGAUCGAUAUCGUGCUCCGCAAUGCAUCGUACCUUCUUGCUGUCGCUCUCAAGACGCCCGACUCUAAACCAGUCUCGGUGAUACAGCCACUGCCCCUUAGCACCAUCCGCGAUCUCCUCUCAGAAAUCUCCGAUAACACCAAUUUGCCUGUACCAGAACUCAGAGGCUUCGACGAUUCUCUCGCACGCUAUCCAUUCCGUUAUCUCUUCCUCCGACUGCCCUCAUCAAACGCCCAGUCACUCUCAUCGCUGCGAUCGAGCGGAGCUCUCACUCCACGUCAAGAUGCUCUUCUGGACCUUAAGUUAGGAACCUUCCUCCAUUCCCUGCACUCACGCCAAAACGAUUGGUUCGGUAUCCCAGGAACACAGCCAGACGAGGAUGUGUGUUACAGUUGGCAGGAUACAUUCAUGCUGCUCCUGGAUGAGUUGCUAUGCGAGCUUGAAACCACUGGAGAGAUACAAAGGACGUUGGUGGAGGACAUACGCCGAUACCUAUCCCGCGCCAUCGGGUCAUUUUUAUUUGAAGACGCAGAAGUGCCUACGUUGGUUUGGUUGACAGGUUCGGCGGAUGAUGUGUAUGUCCAAGUUUUGGAGCCUCGUGGACCGAACGAGGAAGCUAGAGUGGAGAUUGCGUAUGUGCUGCCGGCGUUUGAUCGAGUGGUGUGGGGAGACCCGAUGUUGGAGGCGUUUUUUAUGCCGCCUGGGCCAAGCAAGUCGUUGGAAGAAGGGUAUCUGGAAGGAGAGGGUGGAACGUUGAUUGUUUUUGCGAGGCAGAGGACGAAGAGGACGUGGUAUACGUUGUUCUUAGCUCUAGUCGUACUGGCAGAAGUUGGGAGAGAUAAGGAGAAGGGGGAAGUGGAUCAUGGAACGCAUCAUAAGAUCUAUUGGGCGAGAGAGAUCCUCCCAAGAUGCGUUGAGGCGUUGAAGGACGCGCCCUGUCACUAGAAUGAUAUAGUAGAGUCCUGUAACUGUAUACCAGUCUUAGCUAUACGCAUGAAACAAAAGCAUGGAUUUGAUACCUA